GGUCCCUUCACUCCCCGCCAUAAGACUCUGCCCUUGGCUGCUUGCAUGUUAUCCAUCAGGCCUUCUGACUGGAGCCACCACACAGACACCAGGACCCUCGAAAGCUGAGAGGCACCCUGCACCCCGGCCCUGUCUGUCUGGUUCUCUUUCUGUCUCCGCUUCCGUGUUCAGAAUCAAGAGCCUGAAGACAGCCCAGCAGCUUUAGUGAUGGCCAUCUUCAUCAUUUGGUCCCUAUUUAGUGUUCUGGCAGCAGGCAUGGGUGAAGGUGGGGCUGAGAGUAAGAAAAGCGUCGAGAGGGAAUGUAAACCCAGCCUGACUCCCAACUGCCCCUCCGUAUCACCUAGUGCCUCACCCAGGACACACCCCAGCCAGAGCCAGCUGUUUGCAGACCUGAGCCCAGAGGAGCUAACCGCUGUGAUGAGCUUUCUGACCCAGCAGCUGGGGCCGGGGCUGGUGCAUGCAGCCCAGGCCCGCCCCUCAGACAACUGCAUCUUCUCCGUGGAGCUGCAGCUGCCCCCCAAGGCUGCAGCCCUGGCCCACUUGGACAAGGGGAGCCCCCCACCUGCCCGGGAGGCACUGGCCAUCGUCUUCUUUGGUGGACAACCCCACCCCAACGUGACUGAGCUGGUGGUGGGACCGUUGCCUCAACCCUCCUACAUGAGGGACGUGACUGUGGAGCGUCAUGGGGGUCCCCUGCCCUAUCACCGACGCCCUGUGCUGAUGCGAGAGUACCUGGACAUAGACCAGAUGAUCUUCGACAGAGAGCUGCCCCAGGCUGCUGGUCUUCUCCACCACUGUUGCUUCUACAAAGGACAAAAAAGGAACCUGGUGGCUAUGAACACAGCCCCCCGUGGUCUGCAAUCAGGGGACCGGGCCACCUGGUUUGGCCUCUACUACAAUAUCUCAGGGGCUGGGUUUUUCCUGCACCCUGUGGGGUUGGAGCUGCUGGUAGACCACAAGGCUCUGGACCCUGCCCACUGGACCAUCCAGAAGGUGUUCUUUCAAGGCCGCUACUAUGAGAGUCUGUCCCAGCUGGAGGACCAGUUUGAGGCCGGCCUGGUGAAUGUGGUGCUGAUCCCAGACAAUGGCACAGGUGGGUCCUGGUCCCUGAAGUCCCAGGUGCCCCCGGGUCCAGCCCCCCCUCUGCAGUUCCAUCCCCAAGGCCCUCGCUUCAAUGUCCAAGGGAGUCGAGUGGCCUCCUCAUUGUGGACUUUCUCCUUUGGCCUCGGAGCUUUCAGUGGCCUGAGGAUCUUUGACAUCCGCUUCCGAGGGGAGAGGGUGGCCUAUGAAGUCAGCGUCCAGGAAGCCCUGGUCAUCUAUGGUGGAAACACUCCUUCUUCUCUACGAAUCCGGUACACAGAUAGCGGUUUUGGUUUGGGCCACUACUCCUCACCCCUGACCCGUGGGGUGGACUGUCCCUACCUGGCCACCUAUGCUGACUGGCACUUUCUUUUGGAGUCCCAGGUCCCCAAGACAAUUCAUGAUGCCUUCUGUGUGUUUGAACAGAACCAGGGCCUCCCCCUGCGGCGACACCACUCAGAUACUGACCCCCAGUAUUUUGGAGGUGUUACGGAAACGGUACUGGUCGUCAGAUCUGUGUCCACCAUGCUCAACUAUGACUAUGUGUGGGAUAUGGCCUUCCAUCCCAAUGGGGCCAUAGAGGUCAGGUUACAUGCCACAGGCUACAUCAGCUCAGCGUUCCUUUUUGGUGAUGCCCGAAGAUAUGGAAAUCAAGUUGGGGAGCACACGCUUGGCACCAUCCACACCCACAGCGCCCACUUCAAGGUGGAUCUGGAUGUAGCAGGACUGGAGAACUGGGUCUGGGCCGAGGACAUGGCCUUCGUCCCCGUGACUGUGCCCUGGAGCCCUGAGCACCAGAUGCAGAGGCUGCAGAUGACCCGGAAGCUGCUGGAGACAGAGGAGCAGGCGGCCUUUCCCCUGGGAGGUGCCAUCCCUCGCUAUGUGUACCUGGCCAGCAACCACAGCAACAAGUGGGGUCACCCACGGGGCUACCGCAUCCAGCCACUCAGCUUUGCUGGGGAGCCGCUGCCACAGAACAGCUCCAUGGAGAGAGGCUUCAGCUGGGGGAGGUAUCAACUGGCCGUGACCCAGCGGAAGGAGACGGAGCCCAGUAGCACCAGCAUCUACAAUUUGAAUGACCCUUGGACACCCACCGUGGACUUCACUGACUUCAUCAACAAUGAGACGAUUGCAGGACAGGACUUGGUGGCCUGGGUGACAGCUGGUUUCCUGCACAUCCCACAUGCAGAAGACAUUCCCAACACGGUGACCGUGGGGAACGGUGUGGGCUUCUUCCUCCGACCCUACAACUUCUUUGAUGAGGACCCCUCCUUCUACUCUGCCGACUCCAUCUACUUCCAGGGGCACCAAGAUGCUGGGGCCUGUGAGGUCAACCCCCUGGCUUGCCUGCCCCAGGCUGCUGCCUGUGCUCCUGACCUCCCUGCCUUCACCCACGGGGGCUUCUCUCACAACUAGGUGGUCCUGGGAUGGGGCAUCUGGCCAGGGUGUGAGAGGUGGGGCAGCAGCCAGGCCUGGGCUAGGUGGCCUGGUUCCCUGGUGUCCUUCUUCACAGUCCUGGGGUCCUCCCUUCUUUUCCCCAAGGUCCCCUCUUGUCCAUUGCCCUCCCUGGCAUCCCCUUCCCUGCCAGGAGCAUCCUGAGCCUGUGAUGCCUGCCCCAGGGAGAGACUCAGCUCUGCUGAUCCCGGCUGUGCUGAGGCCCAUCCAGAGCGGAGGGGAUUGGCCAGCAGGGCCUGGGUGACGGCCAAGCUUUGCUCCUGAUGACUCCUGUUACUUCUAAUCAUGUCUCAUUAAAAAAAAAAAAAAAGAUAUAUAAUGUAUAUACCAUAAAAUUUACCUUGUACAGAGUACAGUUUAAUGGGUUUUACUCUAUUGACAAAGUUGUACAGCUAUUGCCACUCAUUUCAGAACAUUUCAUCACCCCAUUCCUGUUAGCAGUCACUCCCCAUUUACCCCUAUUCUGGUCCCAGCUCUAGAUAACCCCUAAUCUACUUUCUAUCUCUAUGAAUUUGCUUAUAUUCUGGAGUAUGGAGAGUAGCCAGUCUGAAAACAUGUGAUAAAAACAUGUGGCCUAUAGACACAUGCAGAAACGCGCUUCCGUAAACUACUCUAACAAGACUAUUCAAAAAACAUCUACAAAAAAAAAAAAAAAAAAAA